CACGCCUCCUGACUUGACGCACGACUUGAAGCACGUAGCACAACUUCUGAUUAUGUGAGUAUGAGUCGUUAUUAAGUUCACCUAUAGCUGCCCACGACCGUUACACACCCGUACGCACCGUGGAAAGAGCGGGUGUUUCGCUCAGAAAUGGCCACCAUCGUAUUUUGCACAGCAAACAGAACGGCGCAGACUACGGCGAGACGGUGUUUGACAACACAUUUAACGGGGCUUGCUAGUGCAAGAGAGUCACACUUGCCUUUUUCCUCCACUCACAGCCAUUCAGUCACUCUGCUUCCGGGAACGAGAUGGUUUUCCAGGGGUACUGGAGUGAGGUUUAUGUCCCAUGGGACCGCAGGCAGAUCCGCAGCCGGACGAACCAGAAGGGGAGCCCUGGCGCUCAGUGGAGCCGCAGCAGUGACAGCAGCGGCGGCUGUAGCGGGGUUUUUAGCCAACGCUAACCACUUCCAGCGCGCGGAGAUGGCAACGAGAGUCUCUCAAGCCGCCGAAGAAGAGGAGCAAGAAGGGGACAUCCUGGCGAGAUGCCGGAGGUUCAUGUCUCCUCCGGUGACCGACACCAGCGUGCUGCAGCAGAGGAAAAUGGAGAUGCGUACGAGGAUGGAGAUGCUGAUCAUGGAGACGCAGGCCGAUUUCUGCAGAGCCCUGCAAGAGGUGGACGGUGGGACGUUUAAGGUGGACCGGUGGGAUAGGAAAGAAGGUGGCGGAGGAAUCAGCUGUGUGAUGCAGGACGGAAAGGUGUUUGAGAAGGCAGGAGUAAAUGUGUCAGUGGUGUUUGGGAACCUGACCGAGGAGGCUGCCAAGCAGAUGAGGAGCAGAGGGAAAGUCCUCAAAGGGAAAGAUGGCAAGCUACCAUUUUGUGCCAUGGGUGUGAGUUCAGUGAUCCACCCCAAGAACCCCCACAUCCCCACAGUGCACUUCAACUACAGAUAUUUUGAGGUCGAGGAAGAAGAUGGCACUAAGCAGUGGUGGUUCGGUGGAGGCACAGACCUGACUCCAGUCUAUAUUAAUAAAGAAGAUGCCUUUCACUUCCACAACACCCUGAAGGAGGCCUGUGACAAGCACCACCCGCAGUAUUACCCUGACUUUAAGAAAUGGUGCGACAGAUACUUCUACAUCCGCCACAGAGGAGAGACCCGGGGUAUAGGAGGGAUCUUCUUCGAUGACCUGGACUCCCCGAGUCAGGAAGAAGCGUUCAAUUUUGUCAAGAGCUGUGCUCGCACUGUGGUGCCCUGUUACCUGCCCAUCGUGUACAAACAUCUCAACGACUCCUUCACUGAUGAGGAGAAGGACUGGCAGCAGGUACGACGAGGCAGGUAUGUUGAGUUCAACCUGGUCUAUGACAGGGGAGUGAAGUUCGGCUUGGCCACGCCCGGCUCCAGAAUCGAGAGCAUCCUCAUGUCCCUCCCCCUCACUGCCAGGUGGGAGUACAUGCACGAGCCUGCCAAAGGUACCAUUGAGGCUGAGAUGCUGGAAGUGUUACGAAACCCCAAGGACUGGGUGUGACUGCAGUGUUCACAGGUUUAUAUGUCAAUAUAGACAAAACAUCCAGGAAAAUCAUCUUUGUUUUGUUCCGUCUAUUUGGCUAGAUCAGCAGGUGAUAACACCAUUUACCAAAAAAAUAUUAACUUGCUUUGAAAUUGCCUGAAAAUAGUUUCUUAAGCUGCGUUGGUACUUUCCUGUCUCCUGUUUUCUACGUUUUGUCAUAUUAGUCUUGUUAACACUUAAUCACAAGGGACUUUAAUAAUGUAAUAAUAAGGCACUGUGUUGUUAAACUGCUUACUGCCUGGCAAAGUAAAGCAAGACCAAAUAAUGUGACUUCACAGGUGGCAAUUACGCCUGAUUUUAGGUCAUCUCACAUUGAUGAUGUGCUCCUUUUAAGAAGUGUUUGUGUCAAACACUAGCUGUGUUUUUUUCCCAUGCCUGGGCUAAAUGUGGCAUGCUCUACUUGAAGCCGUCUGUGCUCUACUCUCCUCUGCUCUUCUUUAACAAAGCACUGAAAGGGAAAAUAAGGACAAACUGAGCCACUGUUUAUAUUUGUGCCACUGCUCAAAUCAAAUGUCAAUAAAUCUGGUUUUGAUGUUUUAA